AUGCUAUUAACAGUGCCCCAAGACAAACAGAAAAUUAUCACCCAGUUGUUUAUUAACAACGAAUAUGUUAACUGCCAAAAUCCACAAAAAAUAUCGGUUUAUAAUCCCAUCACUGAAGAGCUUGUCAGCGAUCAGAUUCCCGUGGCUGGAGAGCAUGAUGUGGAUGCUGCUGUCGCAGCGGGAAAUGCUGCAUUUGUAAAAUGGCGGGCUUGGCGGGGGACGGCGCGACGACAACUGUUGCUGAAGUUUGCCGACCUGCUCGAACGCGAUCAGGAAGAAUUGGGCUUUCUGACCAGACUCACUCUCGGAGCCCCAUACUUGGCAUUUGGCCAAGGGGAGAUACAAACUGCUGUUGAAAACUUCAGAUACUUUGCUGGUUGGAUUGAUAAAUUCGCUGGUGAAUCUUUCCCUCAAGAUGAUGGGUUCUACAAGGUUGUGCGCAAUGAGCCGCUGGGAGUUGUGGCAGGAAUUAUUCCCUGGAAUGGUCCACUUGCGUCAGUUGGACUGAAAGCUGCACCAGCACUAGCCACUGGCAAUGUUUUUAUCCUGAAGCCUAGCGAGAAGACUCCGUUAAUGGCAGCAGCCCUAGGAAAGUUAAUCAUCGAAGCAGGAUUUCCACCUGGAGUGUUUCAAGUUCUCAGUGGUGAUGGAAGUACAGGAGCACUUCUUGCCAGUCACAUGAAUGUGGCUAAAGUCAGCUUUACGGGAAGUGUCCAGACAGGCAAGACUGUUCAGAUCCUGGCAGCACAAAGUAAUCUGAAGAGAGUUACUCUAGAGCUGGGUGGGAAGAGUCCGGCUGUCAUAUUUGAUGAUGCUAACUUGGAAAAUGCGACUGAAUGGUGCGUCAACACCAUGACUGUCAACUCGGGACAAAUCUGCUUUGCUCCGUCACGAGUUUACUGUCAGGCCGGAAUUUAUGACCGUUUUUUGGAGCUCUAUGGAAAAAAAUUUACUGCCAAGAAGAUGGGUGAUCCGGAGGACAAGGACACAAGCCUCGGUCCUGUGAUCGACAAGGCUCAAUAUGAUCGCAUAGUAUCCAUGAUUACCACAGCAGAAAGUGAAAAACAGGGCACACUGCUGCAAGGUGGUCGAGGCACCACAGGCAAGGGAUUUUUCAUCCAGCCUGCUAUAUUCGUGGACACGAAGGAAAAUGCCACCAUCUACAAAGAUGAAAUAUUUGGACCAGUCGUGGUCAUCAACCGCUUCGAAACAGAAGAAGAGGUUGUCGCCAAGUCGAACAACAGCAAAUACGGAUUAAUGGCUGGUGUCUUUACUCAAGACAUCAAUCGGGCCCUCCGAGUGAGUUCUGCAUUUGACUCAGGCGUCGUUGGCAUAAACUGUAUCAGCACCAUUAACAUCUCUUGCCCGUUUGGUGGAACCAAGGAGAGUGGAAUAGGCCGCGAACAAGGCUCAGCUGCCCUGCGCUGUUACACUGAGCCUAAAACGGUUUUAAUCAACUUGGCGUAUUAAAAUAGAUACCUCCAACUCAUCACAU